AUGCCGUCCAUCCACAUGCUCGACUACGUGGCCGGGAACGUCCGGUCACUCGUCAAUGCCAUUGAGAAAGUCGGGUACAGCGUCGAGUGGAUCCGUUCGCCGGAAGAUGUGCCCAAGGCAGAGAUUCUGAUCAUGCCGGGCGUCGGGCACUUCGGGCACUGCCUGUCCCUAUUCGCGAACGGCGGCUACGUCGAGCCGAUCCGGAAGCACGUCUCACAGGGGAAGCCGUUCAUGGGCAUCUGCGUCGGCUUGCAGGCGCUGCUGGACGGCUCGGAAGAGAGCGAGACGGUGCCUGGACUGGGAUUGAUCAAGGGCACACUGAAGCGCUUCGACGACUCGGACAAGAGCGUGCCGCACAUUGGCUGGAAUUCGGCGAACACGUCGGCGAAGAAGGAGGAGGGAGUCACGACCGGCGAAAGCAUCUACGGCCUGAGACCGGACAGCAAGUACUACUACGUGCACUCGUACGCGCUGCCGUACGUUGCCGGCGAGCUGGAGGGCCAGGGCUGGACCGUCGCGACUGCCCGGUACGGGAACGAGGAGUUUGUGGGCGCGCUGGCAAAGGACAAUGUGCUGCUGACGCAGUUUCACCCGGAGAAGAGCGGCGCCGCGGGCCUGCGCGUGCUGAAGGCUUUUUGCAGCGGGCAGAAGGUCAGCGCGCUGCCGGCGACACCCUCGGCGGCGGCGUCGCGAGAAGGGCUGACGCGCCGGGUGAUAGCGUGCCUGGACGUGCGGACCAACGACCAGGGCGAUCUCGUCGUCACCAAAGGCGACCAGUACGACGUGCGGGAGAAGGACGGGUCGGGCGGCGAGGUGCGCAAUCUGGGCAAGCCGGUGGAGAUGGCACGCAAGUACUACGAGCAGGGCGCCGACGAGGUGACGUUCCUCAACAUCACAUCGUUCCGCAACUGUCCCGUGGCGGACCUGCCGAUGCUCGAGAUCCUGCGGCGCGCGUCCGAGACGGUCUUCGUGCCGCUCACCAUCGGCGGCGGCAUCCGCGACACGGUCGACACGGACGGCACCAAGUUCUCGGCGCUCGACGUGGCGUCGCUGUACUUCAAGUCGGGCGCGGACAAGGUCAGCAUCGGGUCGGACGCGGUCACGGCGGCCGAGGAGUACUACGAGCGCGGGCGGACGCUGGCUGGCACGACGGCCAUCGAGACCAUCUCGGCGGCGUACGGCGUGCAGGCCGUCGUCGUCAGCGUGGACCCGAAGCGCAAGUACGUGGCGUCGCCGCAAGACACGACGCACCACACGAUCAAGACGGCGUUCCCAGGCCCGAACGGUGAGGAAUACUGCUGGUACCAGUGCACGAUCAAGGGCGGGCGCGAGACGCGCGACUUCGACGUCAGGCAACUCGUUCAGGCGGUCGAGGCCAUGGGCGCGGGCGAGAUCCUGCUCAACUGCAUCGACAAAGACGGCUCCAACAGCGGCUUCGACCUCGAGCUGAUCAACGAUGUCAAGGCUGCGGUCAAGAUUCCCGUCAUCGCCAGCAGCGGCGCUGGCAACCCGGGCCACUUCGCCGAGGUAUUUGAGAAGACGCCGACGGAUGCUGCGCUGGGCGCGGGAAUGUUCCACCGCGGCGAGUUCACUGUGAAGCAAGUCAAGGACCAUCUCCAGCAGGAGGGUCUGCUCAUCAGGCAGUUCGAGGACGAGAUAUAG